AUGCAAAUUACAGGCAUCCCAAGUAACAAUCAUGUAGCCAUCAACUCAUCAAAUGCUGUUUCUGUUGUUCUUAUAGAUCCAGUCAUGUUUGGGAAACUGAUUAAAGUAUUUUUACAGCUUUUGUGGUCAUUUUUAGUUGUUACUGGUAUAUUCCAGUCAUACAAUGUCGAUCAGAAUAAUGGACCUCUGGGGAAAAUUACAAUCGAUAAAAGAUCAGGAUAUUUGUAUGUUGGCGGAAACAAUAUUCUUCUUCAGCUUUACAGCAAUUUAACUGUGAUUAGUGAGAUAGCAGUUGGGCCAAUUUUGGACAAUUCAAUGUGUUACCCACUGCCUGCUUCAUGUAGCUAUCAAAGGGAGUUAACUGAUAAUAAAAUACAUAUUCUGGCUAUCAAUGAACGAAGGGAAUACAUUUUAGCAUGUGGUACUGCGAACCAUGGCUUGUGUUCGGCAUACUCAUUAAGUGACAUUGGGGCAAUGAACAGAACACUGAACCCAAAUAAAGCAACAAAUAAUAUUGCCGGAAGUGUUAGUGGUAGUUCUUACUCAAAUUCUUAUGCCUUUUUUGGGUCAGAUUAUGGUCAGUUACCAUAUUCAGACAAUCGUGUACUCUAUGUUGCCAUGGGGACAGCCAAUCAGUCCUUACAGUAUACACCAGCAAUGAUUUCAAGUCGAGAGGUAAAAUAUUCCUCGAACCCAUGGAAUAUGGAUUAUUUUCUAAAUUCUACUACAUCAUAUAUGAAUGUUAAUCCAUCAUUACAGUAUAAGUUUCAAUCCUUCUAUAUCUAUGGAUUUGAAAAUAGUGGCUCUACAUAUUUUAUCUCAGUUCAGAUGAAUGAUCCAACAGCCUUUGAAGUUGAGAACAAUAAAUUUGUAACAAAAAUAAUAAAAAUUUGCCAAGGUGACACAGACUAUUCUUCCUACACAGAACUCCCAAUCGAAUGUACCCAUGGAGACAAAAUUUAUCACAUAGCAACGAGUGCAACAUUUUCAGAUUAUGGAUAUUUGCCAUUUGAAAAGUAUUUAUACGUUACUUUUGGAAAACAAGAUGAACUUAAUCCUUCUUCAGAUAGGAUUUUAGGGUCAGUUUUGUGUACUUUUGACUCUAACAGAAUUACCGUGAUGUUUGAACAGUUACAAAAAGACUGUUUUGCCUGUGGUCUUGGGAAUGAGGUUGCUUGGUUUGUUGGAAAAAAUCUGACUGAGGCAAGAGAAUGUGUAAGAGAUACUGAACAACAUCUUAGUAACUUUUGCGGAGGAAAACAAAAUUUGCAUGGUAUUCAGGAAAGUACUAAUUUAGCAGUCAGAGGCAGACAAACCUUAAAGCAUUCAGCAAUUUAUCAUGAGGCAAAUUCUAUCCUGUCUACUGUAAAUGUAAUAAAACAGAACCGAAAGAAUAUAGCAGUACUUGGUACAGAUAAAGGUUAUCUAAUGAAGGUGACAAAGUUUCCACUAGAUGCAUGUGAAGUACAUACAACUUGCGAGCAGUGUGUUGGUGUUGAUCCUCUUUGUUGUGGCUGGUGUGGCAACAAGUGUACCUCACAACAAAAUUGUAGCUCUGGAUGGUCAGGACAGAGUUGUCCUCCCAUUAUUACUAAAAUUUCCCCGAUUUCUGGACCUACUAAUGGUGGAACGCUAUUGACAUUGGAAGGACAAAAUUUGGGUACCGCGUUUGCGGAAGUAAGGGAAAUAACUAUUGGAACAGACGUCUGCCAGGUUACAACAACAAUAACAUCAACAAAAAUUACAUGUACUACUCAAAAGAUGACUGUUGAAUGUGAAGGACAGGUCAAGGUUAUAGUUAAUGAUAGCAAUAACACACCCUAUCAGAUAAAUGGAGAAUACACAUCGCCUGAUUUGAUGUUCUCUUAUAAGUCGCCAGAAGUCUACGAUUUCACCCCAAAAUAUGGGCCUUUAUCUGGAGGGACCAAGUUAGUGGUAUCUGGAAAGAAUCUGAAUGUCGGAGCCCAGCAUUCUGUUCAGGUGGCGGGACAAAAAUGUGUCAUUGAACCUAGUGGAAGAAUACAGGGUACCAGUUUGACAUGUCUGACUCCUAAGCUACUGUACAACAAACGUAGGAGGAAGCAAGAGACCAAUAGUCCAAGUCCAGUGUAUGAUGUGUCAAUAAGAUUGGACAUAUAUGGAUUUACUUACCAAUUUAAUAAAAGUUACCAAUUCUUUGAAGACUCUACUGUCACAUCGAUUGACCCACAUAAAUCUAUACAGGCGUACGGCAUAUCUAGUUUAUUUCCAGUGAUUUCAUUAACUGGAACUCAUCUUCAAAUUAUAUCAGAACCAAAGAUCAUAGCUAUACUAGUAAUUAAUGGUACUAACAAACAAUCUGUUCCAGUGGGUGAAUACUUGAAUUAUGGUGUGACAACAAAAGAUAUGACUGUAACCAUUGGUAACAGUGUAUGUGAAGUGACUGUUAUGAAGACAACUGUAUUGUACUGUACACCCAAAGAUAAACCAUCAUCAAUUGGUGAUAAUGAACCAAAGAGAACAGUAGAGGUAGGAACUGAUGUUGAACAGAGAAUGUCAGAGGAACUCCCUAAUGGAGCCGAGAGUAGAUCUCCCAUUUUGUUGGAUGGUGACAUACUAUUGGUAUUAAAGGAUAAAAAUCUUCUCAUAGAGAGAGAAUGGUUGACACUUGGUGAAAUUGUCGGGAAAGGAAAUUUUGGUUGUGUAUAUAGAGGCUAUUUAGAAGUCCCUAAUGUCAAAAGAUCACAGCUUGUAGCAGUGAAAACACUUCAUCAAGAUGACCCAAGACAGUUAGAUGUCGAUAACUUUAUUGAGGAGGCUUUAAGAAUGAAAGAUUUCCACAAUCCCAAUGUUUUGACAUUGACAGGGAUAUGUUUUGGCAUGGAUGACAUGCCCCUGGUUAUUUUACCAUUUAUGGCACAUGGAGAUUUGUUAUCAUACAUCAGAAAGGAAGAAAAUAAUCCAACUAUUAAAGAUCUGAUCCUGCUUGGAAUAGAUAUAGCUCGAGGUAUGGAGUACCUAUCUUGGUGUAAGUUUGUACACAGAGAUCUGGCUACUAGAAAUUGUAUGCUGGAUGAAAAUUUCCGUGCUGUGGUAGGAGAUUUUGGUUUGUCUCGUGAUAUCUAUGCCAAGGAUUAUUAUGCAAGUGAUAACAAGAAAACUAAAUUGCCAGUAAAAUGGAUGGCCCCAGAAUGUUUGGAGAAAGGACAUUAUAGUUCUCAGUCGGAUGUGUUAAUAAGACCUAUAAUAUUUCACUGGUCAUUUGGUGUUGUAUUGUGGGAGCUAAUGACAAGGAGAUAUCAUCCAUACCCAGACGUAGAUAACUGGGAUGUUCUACGAUACAUAAAGAAGGGUAGACGAAUGCCACAGCCACCAUUUUGUCCUGAUAUCUUAUACAAAAUGAUGUCAAAGUGUUGGUCAUUUAACCCAAAUGAUCGUCCCAAAUUUUCAGAGCUUGGCCAUGAAAUGAUAAAUGUUUUGGAACAACAGAUGAAGCAGGGCCAGCAUACAGCAGACAUUCAAAGUACAUAUGUAAACGCUGAAACUUGUACAGACUAUCAUUACCAUGACAACAGACAUCCAGCUGAAGAAACAGAAGCUAUGACAUGAAGUGACGAAUUUCUUUUAGUUUGAUUUAAUAUUUUUUAAUUAUGUCUACAGCAAAAUAUUUCCUUCCCUACACAGUACAUGUUGAUCUCAAAAUUACAUUUUGAAAUUUGAUAUCUUAUAGUUUUGUACUUUGAAUCUUCAAA